AUCUAGAACUGAAACAUUACCAAUUUUUGAUUUUUUAAAAUAUUCGUAUAUAAUAAUUUUUAUCAAUUUCAAAUUAGCACCUGUUUUGAGGAAGCUAAUUUUAACGAAAUUUAGUUUGAAAGCCAGUUUUAAAUCUUUUAACGUUGACUAUGUUACGAAAAUAGUGAGUUUAUUUCAGUUAGUAAUUUUUAUGAUUUAUCAUUAAUAGAAAGUUAUUAGGAUUGAUUCUAUCUAGGGUAAAAUUUUCAAUCAUUCUUAUUAUUUCUAUAUUAUAUAUAAACAAUUUAUUAUUGAAUUAAUUAUUGAUAAUAAUAUAAAAUGAUUAAGUAUUUUUGAAAAAUAAACUCAAUCGCAUUACAUGUUACACAAUUUAUAAUAAGAGUUGAAUUUGCAUACAAAUGACAACUUUUGAAUAGAAAGAAAUGCUGUUUUCCCACAUUCUUUAGCCUCUUGGCAGUGUUAUUCAGAUGUAGCGUUAUUAAAGAACACACGCAACACACUCACAGCUGAACGCCUGACAAUCCUAGCAUUCGAACUCAGUCACAGGUCUUUGUUGUGUUGAUCUGACUUGCUUUAUUACUAAUAAUAAAUUUCAUUGAAACAUUUCCAGAUUUAGACUUCGAAAUGUCGAACAGCAGCGAAUAUAUACCAUUGCAAUCUCUCAGAUCAAGUUCUGAUGCAAACACCACCGCCAGUUCAACGAUAACGAGUGUCAGAGCCGCAUUCUUUAGCAGCGUUUUUAUUCCAACUACCACUGAAACCGCUUUUACUACAGCUAGAUUUGCAGAUAGAUCUACAUAUGUUUGGCCAAAUACCAUAACACCAGAGUAUUCGUCUAGCAUAAUUUCUUCUGUUAAGGUGACUAGUCCACCAACAACUGACGGUAUGUCUGGUUCAGCUACGGCUGAUAACGUGCCUAAUUUGGUUACAUCUGAAGGCCCGUCUAGCUCAACUACAGUUGAAGACAUGUCCAAUUUAGCUAGAAUUAACCUUCCCAAUUUUCCUGAUAGCAGGCGUGAAAGUCAUAUGUUAAUAAGUUAUUCGCCUCCAUCUUCUGGAAUGCUUUCGGAACCAAGAGUCCAAAUAUUCAAUGGGGAAAGUAGCCUAAUUAUAAAACCUCAACCCAUGGACCCACACACAGCCGCAUUUUUGAAUAUUACCAGAAAUGAAAGAUUUUUUGAAAUCGUCUAUCCUAACGCUUCAACAGUUGCUACGCUUCCUGCCAGCGAUAUAUCUACUCAGUCUACUACACCUACCACUGCUGCCGUGUCCACUACAGGCGUUACUGCUGCUACGUCUUCAACUGCUACUGCUACAACUCUUGCCCCAUCUACAACAAUUACUACCCAGACUUCACGUAGUUGUGAUAUGGCCACAAGUCACGUGCUUACUAAUCGUCCAAGAGUUCCUUACGGGUACCCGUUAGACUCAGUAACGUUUUCAAAUGAGCGGAGAGAUGACGGAAGCGGUGUGGACGUAUUUCAAUUAUGGCCGACACCAGUGCAUUCAUCAGCGCUUCAUUCGAUUCUGCAGGAAGAGAUAGAAAAGGAGACGAGUCCGAGGAUGUUGCGAAGGUUUCAUGUUAGGAGUCCAACACUUAGAUCUCGUUUGGGCUGUGAAAACUUCCAAAUUGUGACAGAUAUAAGCUUUGAAGAGAUGCCUGAAGAGGAAACUGUACUAACUUGUGCAGAUCGAUUUAAGAAGUUGAAGAAUAUUAUUUAUCCUAUGGCACUAACUCUUGCGAUCAUUAUCUUAACUUCAAUGCUGUCAUUAGCCAUAACAAGUUUAAUAGCCGAUCAAAGAUUUUCCAGCUUGCCAACAUAUGAGAAUUUAACUGACAACGUCAAGAUGCUAUUAACCUUCUUUAAAACCCAAUCCACUGCCAAAAUGCCGCUCUCAACCUUUUUGAAACACACAGACGUCGACAAAAACCUGGCCAAAUAUUUUUCAAAUCUAUUUAGGAGUUAUGAGUUUCAGUUUUACUAUAAUCACCUGUUGAGUUACGUUGACGAAGAUUAUAGCUAUUGAGUGGGAUGUUAGUUAUUUAUUACAUAGGAGUGUUUCAUCAUUUUAACUUUAUCAAAUUUUAUCAAAAAUCUUGUCUUUAAUGUGUUAGUAAAAUAACCUUUUAUGUAAGUUCUAAGUAACGUUUAAUAGUUUAUUAUUAUGAACUGUAUUUUUUUGUACAAUGUAAAUAAGACUCCGAUUGAUUGGUUGAUUGUAUGUGAAUGAAAGAAUGAAUAAAUGAAUGACUGAAAUGGUGAUUGUGAAUGAAUGUGAAUGGAUGUGAAUGAAUGGAUGAAUUAAUUUCAAUUACUUAUAAUUAAAUUGUGAAAUCUGUAUUUAUUGUAUUAAUUUGACAAAGGUGCAAUUGUUUUGUACUCGAUUUACUGGAGACAAAAAUUUAAAAAAAAUUUUGGAUUUAAUGUAUUUAUAUAUAUGUGUGUGUGUGAUUGUGUGUGUGUGUAUGUGUGUGUGUGUGUUUCUCUGUGUGUGAAUGUGUGUUUGAAAGAUUGAAAGAUGUGAAAUAUAAACGACGCUUGAUUUAAUGUUAUUACUAAUCGGUGUUAGUUUAAUAACAGUUUGAGAACAUAUUGAAAAUAUGGAAUGAAGUGUUUGUUUGUUUGUGUGAGUUUGUUUGUGUGUGUGUGUGCGUGCGUUUGUAUGUGUGUGUGCGAAUGCAACGUGCAAAUGUUAGUGAUAUUAUUAUCUGAUUUUAUGAAGCAUCGUGAUUUUAAUUAUAUUUUCAAUGAAGUAACAGGAGAAAAAAAGAAAUAUUCAUCGAGUUUUUAAAAAUUUGAUUUUAUUUUAUACAGUUUUUUACUAUUAAACGAUUUAAAUUUUUCAUAUUUAGAUGCAUUUUACUUGAAAAAAUGAAGGAAUUCAUAUAAUAAGCGUUUUACUCACCUUGAUUUUUCCCUUUUUCAGUAUUUUAGUAUUUUUUAAGAAAGUUAAAUUAUUCUUUUCUAUGGCUGACUCAAAUUUUUUCAACUAUUUAACAAUAAGUAUUUAUACCAACCAUUUGUAAUUCGCCAGGCAAUCCAAACAUACAUACAUAUUUUAGAGUAUUAUUAUUAUUAUUAUUAAUAUUAUUAUUAUUAUUACUAUUAUUAUUUUUAUUAUUUAUUGCAAUAAUUAUCAAACUAACAAAAUCUUUUU